CAGGGAGGGAAGAAAUCGGAGUGCUGCAAGGAAACAGAGAUAAGGAAGGAGGCAUCUCCACCAAAUGCACUGAGGAGGGAGAAGUUUGGGGUGGGAAGUGGAGAGCUGGAGAACCUGGAGAGAUGAGAAGCUCCUCUGGAUACCAAGAUGCUGCUCACAACUUUCUAGGAAUGAUCUGACCCGGAGAGUGACCAAGAAGCUAACCCCUGGUGUGGAGGACAGAGAUCCAGGGAGAAGAAGUGCCCAGCUGUGUGGCAAAAGUGGACAUCAAGUGGACUACAGAUACCCCUGGAGUGGGGACUGGUCUCUAGGAGAACACAAAAAACCCCUUGGGAUUUGACCAGUGAGGACUGAGCAGCCAAAGAGAUACCCCCAGGGGAACACAGGAGGUGGGUCAUCAUCAGAUCAUUCUGCCCCUGGGAUGUGCCCAGUGAGGGGUGUUAAGAAUCCACCCCGUGUGCCCCGUGCAGAUCGGGUAGAACUGAGCAUCAGGACAAAGAGGGAGCGCGUUACGAGCCCAAUGGAGGAUUUGCAGAACUGAGCGUCAGGACACAAAUAACUACCCCCGGGGCAGGAUCAGCGGAGUGGGCGCUUUCCAUGCUCCUGGAGGAUGAGGGCUGCACUUGCUCUGAUCCCGUCAGGUCUUCUCCUCCUCGUGGGGGGCUUUUUAUGGGGGUGGGGAGGAGAUCACCCCACCCUGCAUCCAGGGGACCUUCCUCAUAGAUCGCCUCGUGCAUUGCGCCCUACUGCCCCUACACCCCGCACUCCGGGGCAACUCAACACUCAAAGCCCACCCGUGGCUGAGGGUCGCUCAGCCGGAGGAGCUCCGAAGGCGGAAUUCAACCUCAGCGCGCCCGGACUGGGACCCCCUAGGACGGAUUCCUCCAGCCCUCUGGAGCAGGGCAUUUUCUGGCCCCGGGUGGUGGAGCGGGCGCUGCCUCGUGCCUUCCCGGAGGAGGAUGCGUGGAACUGGCAGGACUGCGCCCGCAAUGCGCGGAUCGUGAGCCUGGAGCGGGGUUGCGGGCGCAGCACUAAUCGCUUGGCCACCCUCUCUGACGGGAGUCGGGUCUGCGUGCGGUACGGAAUCAACUCGGAGCAGAUCCUGGGAGAAGUCCUGUCUUUCUACUUGUCUCGCAUGCUGGGUGUGCGUGGGGUUCCUCCGUGUGUGCUUUCACGGGUGGACAGUCCGCAAUGGGCUCCAGUGCGAGCUGAGUUGGGGAGUACAGGGUGGGCUCCAGGGUCUAUAGUUACCCUCACCCCCUGGGUCCAAAACCUGAGUGCUGUUCUACCUCCCCCAGCCCUGCGAGCGGAGGACGGUCACCUGCGCCCCCUGCGUGGGGAAUUAAACUCAAACCUCGAGGAUCUGGUGGAACUGGCUCAGUGGGGAGACCUUAUUGUGUUUGACUAUUUGACUGCAAACUUUGACCGGCUGGUGAGCAAUAUGUUUAGUCUCCAGUGGGACCCCCGUGUCAUGUUAAGGGGGACCAAUAACUUGCACCGCACCCCAGAUGGGACCUUGGUACUGCUAGAUAACGAGGCUGGAUUGGUCCACGGGUACCGGCUGAGGGACACAUGGGAUAAAUACAACCAACAGUUGCUGGACACUGUGUGCAUGUUCCGCAGGGGUGUGACCAGGAAGUUGAUGGAGUUAAAUGCGGAGCAGAGCGCUGCAAAAGAACUACACGCAUUGUACCUGCGAUCGGAGCCCUUGGCCGAAGAGCUCGGUCUCCUAUCUGAGCCAGAGGCUCAAAUCUUGCAGGAAAGAGUUGGACUUGUGUACAGCCACACGCUGAGCUGCCAGGACAGGUACAGAUGAGUUUAGGACUACCCCAGAAGUGGUCAGUGGGUCCACAGUGAGGUUGGGGAAUGGAUGGUGGAGAGGGUUAGUACUACACAUUUAGAAAAAGAAGGUAAAUACAUUGGUAGGGUAAUGGAAGUUUGGAUUGUGACUUCCCAGAUGUCCACUGUUAGGAUCUGUACAUAUGAAGGGAAACUGAUAUGACAACAAGAGCUGUAGAGAAAGAAAUUAGAGAAAUACAACUGAGAAGGUGGUCAACCUUAUCAAAUACAGCUGGAAGGGACACUGCAAGGUUCUGUGGAGCUUCAGGAGAAAAAAAGCAGGUUAUGUAGAGCUGGUGGGACCAAUGUUGAAGGUCUAGCCAGGAGUGCUGGACCAGCAUGGUUAUGGCCAGGGCAUUCAUUUAUACUGACAACUGAGGGUUACUCCUGGGUAGAGGCUGCCUGCUGAUAGACUUGUAGAGAGCAGA